AUGGACGAGAAGAAUAUGACAAAAAGCGACGAGCAGCAUUUGAGUUUGCAAAAAGCUUUGCAGCAGUGCGAGUUGGUUCAAAAUAUGAUAGACAUAAGCAUUUCCAGCUUGGAGGGUUUGAGGACCAAAUGUGCCACAUCCAACGACUUGACACAAAAAGAAAUACGAACGCUGGAGGGAAAGCUGGUGAAGUACUUCAGUCGCCAGCUGUCCUGUAAGGUGAGAGUGGCCUCACAGGAGGACAGCACUGAGCUACAGGACUUCCCCAGACUGGGACACUGGUUCCGCAUCGUCAACCUGAGGAAGGAGGUCACUGAGGAGAUGGAUCCAGGCGACGUGACUCUGGAGGGGCUGCUGGAGAUGAGUGAUGAGCAGGUGUGUGAGGCCAUGGAGAAGUUUGGAGCCAACGACGAGGAGUGUGCCCGGCUCAACGCCUCUCUGUCCUGCCUCAGGAAGGCCCACCAGUCAGAACAACUCGAGGAUGACUCAUUGCCCAAUAACGGAGGCAGCCAUGCCAAGCAGGACUGGUCCAUCCAGUGGCCCACCUCUGAGUCUGGCAAGGAGAACACUCCCUUCCCCUCUCCAGAACCCAGCCAGUGGGUCCGCUUCCAGCUCUCCCAAAGCCCCAUGGUCCAGGCCAAGUACAACCAGCAGCACCACAGCCAGUGCCACAGCCCCCAGUCAUUGCUACCCUAUCCGUAUGGCCCCUAUGUCCAGCCAGACCGCCUCACCGUGGACAGCCACCUGGGACUGGGGGCCUUCCCCCCCAUGGACACGGGUCAUCGAUCCCUGCCCCCCUCACCCCGUCAGAGGCACUUUGCCCACACCCCUCCCCGGACUCCACUGGUGGUGAACACCAUGACCCCCCCGGGCACGCCCCCCAUGAGGCGCAGAAACAAGGUGAAGGCCCCCGGGACGCCCCCACCGCCCAGCCGAAAGCUCAUCCACCUGCUGCCGGGCUUCACGGCGCUGCACCGCUCCAAGUCACACGAGUUCCAGCAGGGCAACCGCAUAGAUCUUGCAUGGAGCCCCAGACCGAGGAAGAAGUCCAAGCCUCAGCACCUGAAGAUCAACAGCAGUGUGGGGAGCUGUGAGAACCUCCCUACCCAACGCUCACCCCUCCACUCCUCUGACCAUCGCUCACUCCGUUCCUUCUUCUUCCCCACCUUCAUCCCCUCCACUCCCCCCGUCCACUCCGAUGCAAACACUCUGUCAGUGCCUCGCUGGUCCCCACAGAUCCCUCGGAGAGACCUGGGAAACUCCAUAAAACACAGGUUUUCCACCAAGUAUUGGAUGUCUCAGACAUGCAUAGUGUGUGGAAAAGGAAUGUUGUUUGGACUUAAAUGUAAAAACUGCAAGCUGAAGUGCCACAACAAAUGUACCAAAGAAGCCCCACCUUGCCAUUUACUGAUCAUCCAAAGAGGAGGAGGAAGUAACCCCCUCAAAGCUCGUUUGGUACGGACUGAAUCGGUACCAUGUGACAUCAACAACCCGCUCAGGUACACAGACCUGCACAUCAGUCAGACGCUGCCCAAAACCAACAAAAUCAACAAGGAUCACAUCCCUGUCCCGUACCAGCCAGACUCCAGCAGUAACCCCUCCUCCACCACCUCCUCCACACCUUCCUCACCCGCUCCACCCCUCCCUUCCAGUGCCACCCCUCUCCCCCUACACCCUUCCCCACAGUCAGCACGGCAACAGAAACAGUUCAACUUCACAGCUUCUUCUUACUUCAAAUACAAGCAGCAGUUCAUCUUCCCAGACGUGGCCCCGGCACCAGAGGCUCCUAACAGGACACCCCAGGUCAUCCUUCACCCUGUCCUGUCUGAGCCUGAACCAAAGCGCAGCGUGAACCCUUUAAACCCUUUACUACAGAUUGAAGUUGAACCGACAUCAGACAAUGAGGAGGGCAACGAUGAGGCGGAGUACUCGGAGGAUGAGUUUGAGGAGAUGAACCUGUCUCUGCUGUCAGCCCGUAACUUCCCCCGUAAAGCCAGCCAGACCUCCAUCUUUCUCCAGGAGUGGGACAUCCCCUUCGAACAGCUAGAGAUAGGGGAGCUCAUCGGGAAAGGUCGCUUCGGCCAAGUUUUCCACGGGCGCUGGCAUGGCGAGGUGGCCAUCCGCCUCAUCGACAUCGAGCGUGACAAUGAGGACCAGCUCAAGGCCUUCAAGAGGGAGGUGAUGGCCUACCGAAACACUCGGCACGAGAAUGUGGUCCUCUUCAUGGGCGCAUGCAUGAGCCCUCCACACCUGGCCAUCAUCACCAGCUUGUGUAAGGGAAGGACUCUAUAUUCGGUGGUGAGGGAUGCCAAAGUCAUCCUGGAUGUCAACAAGACCAGACAGAUCGCCCAGGAGAUGGUUAAGGGGAUGGGCUAUCUCCAUGCCAAGGGGAUCCUACACAAGGAUAUGAAGUCCAAGAAUGUCUUCUACGACAAUGGCAAAGUGGUCAUCACCGACUUCGGACUUUUCACCAUAUCUGGGGUUCUGCAAGCUGGCAGCCGUAGAGAGGACAAACUGAGAAUCCCCAGUGGAUGGCUUUGUCACCUGGCCCCUGAAAUAGUCUCUCAGCUCUCCCCUGAAACAGAGGAGGACAAGCUGCCUUUCUCCAAACAGUCAGAUGUCUUUGCUUUCGGCACUAUCUGGUAUGAGUUGCAUGCACGUGAGUGGCCUUACAAGAACCAGCCAGCAGAGGUUAUCAUCUGGCAGGUGGGCAGUGGGAUGAAGCCCAACCUCACACAGAUCGGCAUGGGCAAAGAGAUAUCGGACAUCCUGCUCUUUUGCUGGGCGUUCGAGCAGGAUGAAAGGCCCAGCUUCUCCAAGCUGGUGGAUCUGCUGGAAAAGUUGCCAAAACGGAACCGUCGCCUUUCCCACCCAGGGCACUUCUGGAAGUCAGCUGAGUAUGUCAAAUGA